UCGUCGCCAGUCUGUAGCUCUCGAGCGGCAGGAAAGCCGUGUCUCGCACUGAACGGAUAUAUUUCUCCGACACUUUCAUUUAUUCCGUUUUCAGUCUUUUAUCAACGCUAAGAUGCACCGGCGAAGUCCCGGGCUGGUUUUAACAUUCCCGUUAACAUCAAUGCUGUGGAUUUUGAACAGUUUUAGCAGCUUGCACGGUGCUCUCCCUUCAGCACUAGAGAAGUGUGAGGUGGCUCUCUCCUCUCCUCUCCCUCACACAGCCUUCACUGCCUCCUCAGUCUUCACCAGUGGAUAUGCUCCAGGCUACGCCAAGCUCAACCAGAGAGGAGGUGCAGGGGGCUGGUCUCCCCAAGACAGCGACAGCUACCCGUGGCUCCAGGUGGACCUGGGCAGCAGGAAACAGGUGGUUGCCGUGGCAACGCAGGGCAGGUACAGCAGCUCUGAUUGGACGACGAGGUACAGGCUGCUCUACAGCGACACGGGCAGGAACUGGAAGCCUUAUCAUCAGGAUGGAAACAUAUGGGCGUUCUCAGGUAACUCCAACACGGAGAGCGUGGUAAGACACGACCUGGCGCAAGGCAUUGUGGGCCGGUUGCUGCGUUUUGUACCGCUGGACUGGAGUGGAGAGGGACGCAUCGGCCUCCGCAUAGAGGUCUACGGCUGUUCCUACUGGGCAGACGUAAUAAACUUUGAUGGACAGGGAGUUAUAUCGUACCGAUUUAAGGUGAAGAAGAUGAAGAUCAUAAAGGAUGUGAUCGCUCUGAAGUUUAAAACGUGGGAUAGUGAAGGAGUCAUUCUACACGGAGAGGGACAGCAAGGAGACUAUAUUACAUUAGAGCUACGCAAGGCCAAACUCCUGCUGCAGAUUAACCUAGGCAGUAACCAGUACGGUUCGAUCCUGGGCCACACCUCUGUGACGUCUGGAAGCCUAUUGGAUGAUCACCACUGGCACUCUGUGGAGAUUGAACGAUACCGACGCAACGUUAACUUCACCCUGGACACACACACACAACACUUCAGGACCAACGGAGAGUUUGACCAUCUGGAUCUAGACUACGAGCUGAGUUUUGGUGGCAUGCCCUACAGUGGUAAGCCAAUGGGAGGUGGGAUGAAGAACUUCCGAGGCUGUAUGGAGAGCAUCAACUACAACGGAGACAACAUCACUGAUCUGGCACGACGCAAGAAGCUAGACACCUCCAGCUUUCGUAAUCUGUCAUUCUCUUGCAUGGAGUCUCACUCCUUUCCAGUUUUCUUCAACGCCACCAGCUUCCUGCAGCUCCCAGGAAGAGCCAAUCAGGAUGUAGUAUCACUGAGAUUCCAGUUCCGCACCUGGAACGCCAACGGACUCCUCCUCUUCAGUAAUCUUGACGACGGAACGCUUGAGAUCGCCCUUGACGACGGGAAGAUGGGAGUUCACUUCAACGUGACGCAGACGAAGAACACCAGGAUAGCAAUAUCAUCAGGUUCGGGCCUUAACGACGGCCAGUGGCACGCGGUGCAUCUAGUUGCUAAGGAGAACUCCGUCAUGCUGACGAUCGAUGGAGACGAAGCAUCAGCGGUCCGAACCACCACGCCUAUCAUCAUCAGGACUGGUGGAACAUACCAUCUGGGAGGGUACUUCCUGCCUACCUUAGCACCUCCCACCCAGAGGUCGUUCCAGGGCUGCAUGCAGGCAAUUCUGUUGGAUGAUCAGCCGGCGGAUAUGCAUGCCGUGGAGAAAGGCAUUGUGGGAGUGUUUGAGAACGUCAGCUUGGACAUGUGUGCCAUCAUAGACAGGUGUAUGCCUAACCAUUGUGAGCAUGGAGGCAGGUGUAAACAGACGUGGGAUCAUUUUAGCUGCACCUGCGACAGAACCGGAUACACUGGAGCCACUUGCCACACAUCGUUGUUUGAACAGAGUUGUGAGGCGUAUAAACACCUGGGCAGAUCUUCAGAAACAUACUGGAUAGAUCCGGAUGGGAGUGGACCCCUCGGACCCUUCAAAGUCAACUGCAACAUGACAGAAGACAAGGUGUGGACUACAGUAGUAAAUAAUCUACCUGCCCAGACCUCAGUGACCGGGUCUAGCAGAGAGAGACGCACUGUGCUGCAACUCAACUACAGUGCCUCUAUGGAACAGGUCACAGCUAUCACCACCAGUGCUGAACACUGUCAACAACAAGUGUCGUACGCCUGCCGCAUGUCCCGACUGCUCAACACACCCGAGGGAACCCCCUACACAUGGUGGGUGGGUAGGAGCAGUGAGAAACAUUUCUACUGGGGAGGAUCAGGGCCGGGGAUACAGAAGUGUUCCUGUGGUAUCGACAGGAAUUGUACUGACCCCAAAUACGACUGUAACUGUGACGCUGACCACAAACAAUGGAGAGAGGACAGUGGUCUGUUAGUGUAUAAGGACCAUCUGCCAGUCAGUCAGGUUGCCGUGGGUGACACCAACCGGCAGGGUUCAGAGGCCAAGCUCACCAUCGGGCCACUCCGUUGUCAAGGAGACCAUAACUACUGGAACGCGGCGUCGUUCACCACGCCCUCCUCCUACCUGCAUUUCUCCACCUUCCAGGGAGAGACCAGCGCAGACAUCUCCUUCUACUUCAAGACCAGCGCUCCCUACGGGGUGUUCCUGGAAAACCUCGGCAACACUGACUUCAUACGCCUCGAACUCAAAUCUCCUACUGUUGUCUCGUUCUCCUUUGAUGUGGGGAACGGUCCAGUGGAGUUGGCCGUCCAUUCAGCCACGCCCCUCAACGAUGACCAAUGGCAUCGCGUGAUGGCGGAGCGGAACGUGAAGGAGGCGGUGCUACAGCUGGAUCUGAACUAUAAGGAAGCUCGUCCCGCCCCUCCACAGGGACACACAAGGCUAGAGCUGUUUAGUCAGCUUUAUGUGGGUGCAGCAGGGGGUCAGAGGGGGUUUCUGGGAUGCAUUCGCUCCCUCAGGAUGAAUGGUGUGACCCUUGACCUUGAAGAGAGGGCCAAGGUAACUCCAGGUGUAAAGCCAGGCUGUCAGGGUCAUUGUACCAGUUAUGGGAUGUACUGCAGGAACGGAGGAAAGUGUGUGGAGAAAUAUAAUGGCUACUCCUGUGACUGCAGUGCCACGGCAUACGACGGACCCUUCUGCACUAAAGAUGUGGGGGGCUUCUUUGAGGCGGGCACUCUGGUGAGAUACAACUUCCUGUCAGAGGCAGCAGCAGCCAAUCAGGACGCAAGGUUCCUUGCCCAACCUUUGACUGCACAGGAAAUGAAUCUGACAGAAGAAGCAGUAGCGUUUAGCUUCAGUACGUCCAACACACCGGCAAUACUGCUGUACGUCAGCUCCAAGACACAAGACUACCUGGCACUGGUGCUACGGCAGAAUGGAACUCUCCAGGUGCGGUAUAACCUGGGCGGUCUCAAGGAGCCGUUCACCAUAGACGUGGACCAGCGUAACCUAGCCAACGGACAGCCACACACUAUCAACAUGUCCAGAAUCAACAGGACUAUUACCAUACAGUUGGACCACUACCCCCCUGUCAGCUACUCUCUCCCAGAGGCAUCAAACACACAGUUCAACCUGGUCAAGACAUUAUUCCUGGGGAAAGUAUUUGAGACUGGAGUGAUAGACCCAGUGCUUAUAGAGCGUUAUAACACUCCAGGGUUCGUAGGCUGUCUGUCACGCGUCCAGUUCAACGGAGUCGCACCCCUGAAGACUGCCCUCAGAAACCCUAUAGGAGACAGACCAACAGGCAGACAGUCUGUGCCAGUGUCCUACCAGGGUAAACUGGUAGAAUCUAACUGUGGAGCAUCACCUCUCACCAUCCCACCCAUGUCUGCUGUCACCGAUCCUUGGCGCCUGGACUCCGGUGCAGAGUUCCCAUUCAACGAGGAGAGAGUGAUCCCAGAUGGAGUCAACAGGAACUCAGCCAUUAUAGGAGGUAUCAUUGCCGUGGUGAUCUUCACCGUCCUGUGCACGCUUGUGUUCCUGAUUCGCUACAUGUUCCGUCACAAGGGCUCCUACCACACCAAUGAAUCGAAAGGGCCAGAGCCAGCCAGUGGCGAAUCAGCAGACACCACCAUCAUCUGCGCCGAAACCAACCCGGAAACCAUAGAGGAAUCAAAGAAAGAGUGGUUCAUCUAACUGCCAAUUGAAAAACAGAUGAGGAUUGGAGAGUGGGAUGUUCAUCUGUUGACCAAUCACAGGAGAGAUGGAUGGAGACGUCUACUGAAUGGAGGAGGGAUUGGGAGUGGGUGAACGAGGGUGUACAGAAAUCCGAUUAACUGCAGAAGAAAGACGAGACAGUUUAUUGGAAGGUUGCAUUGAGAGUUGAGAGACUAAAUCUGUACAUAGUCUUUCUUUGUAUUGUGUUCAGGAGUUUCCAAGAGUCCUUUGAAUACAGAAUAGUUAUAUAACUGCAGAUCUGGAUCAAAUACAUUCAAACACUUUAGGUUUUUAGAAGUGCACUUGAUUUAGCUUGGAUUUUGCACCUUUAAGACUAUUCUAUUGUCUCCGAUGUACCAGGCAAACUAAAUCAAGCACAGCUCAAGUAUUUGACCUAUGUAUUUGACCUCUGUAUAAUAAUAAUUGAUCAUAUGCUAGCAAAGACUUGUUUGUUUUUUCAACUGAGAUCUGAAAGAUUAUGCCAAAUCAUCUGUUUACAAGAUUGGCAUUUCUGAUGGUCAUGCUUACAUGUCCAUGAUCCAUACACACUCCAAUAGUAUUUCUCAAACCACUCCAAAAGGUGUAACCAGAGAAACAUGGAUGCCAAAAGACCUGCUGUAAAUAUGUGUUAUUUAUAAAUAUAUUUAAUUUCUUUGUUAAUAUAUGUUUAUUCAGAGACAUUGGUACAAGACAUUUACACGACAUUUCAGAUAAUAUUUCGAAGCAUAGCACAUAUCCACAAAUGAAAGAAGAUUACUUUAAUUUAAUUAUGACAUUAGAUUGUAUCCACAAGAAGACCUUCUCAUCGAUGGUUGGAGAGGAAUGUCUCAAUGCAUGAUGGGAAAACAUGGCAGACCCAUAGCUACACACUGCAUGGCAGUUUGCUUUCUGUCCUUCCUCUGAGAACAAGUGAGCUCUUGAACUUUCAGCGUGUUUACUGUUUCCAAACACUUGUCUUACACUGAAGGCGCAAACAUUAACAACACCUUCCUAAUAUUGUGUUGCACCCUCUUUUGCUCUCAGAAUAGCCUCCAUUCGUUGGGGCAUGGACUCUACAAGGUGUUGAAAGCAUUCCGUAGGGAUGCUGGCCCAUGUUGACUGUAAUGCUUCCCACAGUUGUGUCAAGUUCACUGGAUGUCCUUUGGGUGGUGGACCAUUCUUGAUACACACAGGAAACUGAUGAGUGUGAAAAACCCAGCAGCAUUGCAGUUCUUGACAUAUUCAAACCGAUGCACCUGGCACCUACUACCAUACCCCGUUCAAAGGCACUUAAAUAUUUAGUCUUGCCCAUUCAACCUCUGAAUGGCCCAUAGACAAUCCAUGUCUCAAGGCUUAAAGAUCCUUCUUUAACCUGUCUCCUCCCUUUCAUCUACACUGAUUGAAGUGGAUUUAACAAGUGACAUCAUUAAGGGAUCAUAGCUUUCACCUGGAUUCACCGGGUCAGUCUGUCAUGGAAAGAGCAGGUGUUCCUAAUGUUUAAUACACUCAGUGCAGCUUCUCAUGUUUAUUUCCCAAAUUUGAUUGAUUGAUCAAUGAGAUCGAUCAUGAUACUUGUAAUGCUGAGAGUUUGUCUCAUUGGAUGUUGAGAGUGCUGUGUUUGUGUGUGUAGAUGGGGUCGGUGGCAUACGGGGGGUGUGGUCUAUGUUCCAUAGGACAAGUCUUUGGGGUCAAGGGUGAAGGGUUGAGGCUUGGUUCUACCGUGUUGAAUGGUUUAACCCGCUGUGCAUUCAGGAGUCUGCCUUUUAGCCUUCCUCUUGGCAACACAACACGGCAACACAACACCAAGGUGUUAGAGCCAGACCCAUGGUGUUAGAGCCAGACCCAUGGUGUUAGAGCCAAUCCCAUGGUGUUAGAGCCAGUCCCAUGGUGUUAGAGCCAGACCCAUGGCGUUAGAGCCAAUCCCAUGGCGUUAGAGCCAAUCCCAUGGCGUUAGAGCCAGACCCAUGGCGUUAGAGCCAAUCCCAUGGCGUUAGAGCCAGACCCAUGGCGUUAGAGCCAGUCCAAUGGUGUUAGAGCCAGUCCCAUGGUGUUAGAGCCAGUCCCAUGGUGGUAGAGCCAGACCCAUGGUGUUAGAGCCAGUCCCAUGGUGUUAGAGCCAGACCCAUGGUGGUAGAGCCAGACCCAUGGUGUUAGAGCCAGACCCAUGGUGUUAGAGCCAGACCCAUGGUGUUAGAGCCAGACCCAUGGUGUUAGAGCCAGACCCAUGGCGUUAGAGCCAGACCCAUGAUGUUAGAGCCAGUCCCAUGGUUUUAGAGCCAAUCACCAUGGUGUUAGAGCCAGACCCAUGGUGUUAGAGCCAGACCCAUGGUGUUAGAGCCAGACCCAUGGUGUUAGAGCCAGUCCAAUGGUGUUAGAGCCAGACCCAUGAUGUUAGAGCCAGUCCCAUGGUGUUAGAGCCAAUCACCAUGGUGUUAGAGCCAGACCCAUGGUGUUAGAGCCAGACCCAUGGUGUUAGAGCCAGACCCAUGGUGUUAGAGCCAGUCCAAUGGUGUUAGAGCCAGACCCAUGGUGUUAGAGCCAGUCCCAUGGUGUUAGAGCCAGACCCAUGGUGUUAGAGCCAGUCCCAUGGUGUUAGAGCCAGACCCAUGGUGUUAGAGCCAGACCCAUGGUGUUAGAGCCAGUCCCAUGGUGUUAGAGCCAAUCACCAUGGUGUUAGAGCCAGACCCAUGGUGUUAGAGCCAGACCCAUGGUGUUAGAGCCAGUCCCAUGGCGUUAGAGCCAAUCCCAUGGCGUUAGAGCCAGUCCCAUGGUGUUAGAGCCAGACCCAUGGCGUUAGAGCCAGACCCAUGGCGUUAGAGCCAAUCCCAUGGCGUUAGAGCCAGUCCCAUGGCGUUAGAGCCAGACCCAUGGCGUUAGAGCCAGACCCAUGGCGUUAGAGCCAGACCCAUGGCGUUAGAGCCAGUCCAAUGGCGUUAGAGCCAGUCCCAUGGCGUUAGAGCCAGUCCCAUGGCGUUAGAGCCAGACCCAUGGCGUUAGAGCCAGUCCCAUGGCGUUAGAGCCAGACCCAUGGCGUUAGAGCCAGUCCCAUGGUGGUAGAGCCAGACCCAUGGUGUUAGAGCCAGACCCAUGGUGUUAGAGCCAAUCCCAUGGUGUUAGAGCCAGACCCAUGAUGUUAGAGCCAGUCCCAUGGUGUUAGAGCCAAUCACCAUGGUGUUAGAGCCAGACCCAUGGUGUUAGAGCCAGACCCAUGGUGUUAGAGCCAGACCCAUGGUGUUAGAGCCAGUCCAAUGGUGUUAGAGCCAGAACCAUGGUGUUAGAGCCAGUCCCAUGGUGUUAGAGCCAGACCCAUGGUGUUAGAGCCAGUCCCAUGGUGUUAGAGCCAGACCCAUGGUGUUAGAGCCAGACCCAUGGUGUUAGAGCCAGUCCCAUGGUGUUAGAGCCAAUCACCAUGGUGUUAGAGCCAGACCCAUGGUGUUAGAGCCAGACCCAUGGUGUUAGAGCCAGUCCCAUGGUGUUAGAGCCAGUCCCAUGGUGUUAGAGCCAGACCCAUGGUGUUAGAGCCAGACCCAUGGUGUUAGAGCCAGACCCAUGGUGUUAGAGCCAGACCCAUGGUCUUAGAGCCAGACCCAUGGUGUUAGAGCCAGAAACAUGGUCUUAAGAGACAGACACAUGGUGUUAGAGACAGUAAAUUGCAACUUAUUUCCUUUCUUUCUUUUUUUAAACAUGUACAUAUUCCUUAUAUUCAAAUGUAUUUAUCAUGUCUAUCAGGCUUUACAAAUGUUUACUUCAUACUGGCACUGCCCAGUUUCAAUGUCAUGACUGACAUUUUUUGUUGCUUGUUGUAAUGGUUCAUUUUUUUCUCUACUUUUUAUUUUCUCUAAUGUUUUGUAAAAAUGGCCACCGUGGUUUGUUGUGAAACGUUUGUAUGUCGUCUCAGAAGGUUCCACACUAAGGACACACACACACAGGAAGAUGGAAAUGAAAAGCCCCAAGACAAGCCUGUCAGCAUGUCACAUCUAGCCACCAGGCUACUGUCAGUCACCUGAGUCCUGCUUUCAGCUCUACAUUUCAAUAAAUACACUGUAUUCAC